GCAAAAAAUGGCCAUCAUUAGCGUUGUGGAAGUGCGUGGAAAAGUCAGAAAAGAAUAAUGUCUUUUAACAUGUGAAAUAAUACAGCGAUUAAAUCAGUCUAGAAAUAAUUAAAUUUGGUUAUUGAUUGUGAUUGUGAAGUGGUGAAUUUAUACAUGAAAAAAUGGAUCAGGCUCCUACAGAUACGGAUCUUCGAAACAUCAUUGACAAGCUGGCGCAGUUUGUUGCUCGUAAUGGACCUGAAUUCGAGCAGAUGACAAAGAAUAAGCAGAAGGACAACCCCAAAUUUAGUUUCCUGUUCGGUGGAGAGUACUUCAACUACUAUCAGUACAAAGUGACGACGGAGCAAGCCAUUUUAAAGCAAAAAGGAAUAAAUCCAAUGCAAAAUGCAGACCCACGUUUAAACGUUUCGCAGCAGCAGCAGCCGCCGCCGCCACAUCAACAUCCAUCUGCAACGCCAGGCUCGCAGGGGCUGAAUAACGUCAGUCUUGUGUCGAAUUUAAAUACUCAAAACAAUGGCCUGAGUUCAAUCGCGGCAGUUGGAACACCAAGCUCGAUUGUGCCUGGCGCGAUUAGUGGAACGAAUGCAGUGCCACCGAUGGCCUCGACCAUUGACAGUGGACCCUUGACACCCGGCAGCAAUAUCAAUGGACCACCAGUUUGGCUACAAAACGAGCUGUCUAAUCUCCAGUCGCAGCAAGCUACUCUUCAGGAACAAGUCCGGCAAUCCGAACAGAACUUGGCCGCACAGCACGCUUCACUGAUGGCGCAGCAGCAAGGAAGAGUGGAGGAUGCAGUUAGACAGGCACAAGAAACUUCUCUGCAAAAUAGUGCUCAGAGUACCAGUACUGAUUUAGCUGCCUUCGAUGCAGUUCUGCAACCUAUAAUUGAUAGUUGUACAAAGGAUAGUAUAAGCGCUGGAAAAGCUUGGAUUCUCCAACAUUCAAUUUCUCUAGAAAGCAAUCAAGUGGUUGCUGACCAUUUAUUAAAAAAAGUUAUUCAGGGAACUUCAUUUACCCAAAAGUUACAUAUUGUUUACCUGGUUAACGAUGUCCUUCAUCACUGUGCUAGAAAAAAGUCAAUGGAUCUACGAAAAGCGAUGGAAAGUGUAGUAGUUCCUAUGUUUUGUAACUCCUCCUUAGCAGCUUCAGAAGAGCAGGUCACUAAAUUAAAUAAGCUCCUUAGUCUGUGGGAGUCGAAAAAUAAUUAUUUCGACGAGGGAAUUGUAGAUAAACUAAAACAACCGAGCACUUCUUGGUCAGAGUAUCAAGCUAGUCUGGUAGCGCUUCAUGCAUCUGCCAUAACUUCAAUUACAGCCUCGACAAAACAGACUUUCGACAAUUAUCAGGCACAGCAUCAGGCAUUUGUCAAUCAUGCCUUGAGGCAAAUACAAACUAUUGAACAACAGAAAAUUGCUAUUGAUCAGCAACUUAAAUCUCCACCACCAGUUAUGAACCAACCAAGUAUAGGUGCACCCAAUAUCCCUGGGAAUCAACCGAUAAGCGGAGAUAUAAAUUUCACUCAACCACCUCCAGGUUGGGGACCAAAUGCAAAUCCAGCUCCAUUCUCUAAUGUACCAUUGCCAGAUUUUUCGAAACCGCCACCGGGAUUCGGUCCACCACCACUUAUUCACGAGCCUUCUGUGGAAGACUUAUUGCCCAGUAUGCCCUAUUUUGAAUUGCCCGCCGGUUUGAUGGUUCCUUUGAUUAAAUUAGAGGAUGGGGAAUACAGACCGCUCGAUCCAGAUGCAAUUAGAUUACCUCCUCCAGCUCCACCCAGCGAUCGAUUAGUUGCGGCAGUGGAAGCAUUUUAUGCACCACCUAAUCAUGAUUCUCCAAGAGAUAGUGAUGGCUGGGAAAAAUUAGGUUUAUACGAGUAUUAUAAAGCCAAGAAUGCGGCACGUAAACGGAAAGAGGACGAUAUAUCUGUUGGAGUUAGAGAAAAAACAAAGUCCCCUUCUCCGAUUCUAAGGCCCAGGUCGAAAAGUCCAAGCCCACCAAAGAAGCGAUACAGGAGCAAAUCCAGAAGUAGGUCGAGAUCGAAAUCACGAGGUAGAAGCAAAUCUAGGUCUCCUACGGCGAAUCACAGACGAAACAAUCGAAACGUUAACCAUAAUAGUAGAAAUAGGAGAAGAAGAAAUAGCAAUAAGGAAAGGAGUCCCGACAGGAGAUUGGACCGACAAGACAGAAGUCCAACUCCGCCUAGUUUCUUAGGAUCGACUUACAGUAAAAUUCCAGAGGUUAGUUUAGAUGAAAGUAAUAAGGGUCAUCAGCUGCUGAAAAAAAUGGGAUGGAGUGGUGCUGGAUUGGGCGCAAAUGAACAAGGCAUCGAAGCACCAAUUUCAGGCGGUGAAAUCAGGGACAGAAAUGAUCAGUAUAAGGGUGUAGGUAUUAACUUAAAUGAUCCUUACGAAAAUUUCCGGAAGAGUAAAGGUCAAGCAUUUAUCACGAGGAUGAAAGCAAGAGCUGAAGAGCGAGCUGAGGAAAGAGGUGACUGAAAUUAAUUGUAUAAAAACAUAGUUACUGAACUUUACAAUACUUUUUUUGUGCAUAGUUUUGAUCAAAUCGUAACUAGAUCAAUUUUUAUGUCUCUUGAUACUAAUUCUUUGAAAAGAUUGACAUCGAGUGUCGCAUGGAAAAUAUUCCACUGUUCUUCCACUUUUAACAAAAAAUGGAGUUGUUGAGCACUAUUUUAUCACAAUAUACUCAAAGCAAAGAGAAAUAAUUUUGAAUAAUUGUCAAACGUUUGUUUAACGUUUUUUAAAAACUGCAAAAAUUUAUAAUAUUAAGACAUCUUCCAAAAAAAAAAAAUACACACAUAUACACAGUAUGAUCACACUUUUUUUGUAUUGUAUAUGUUUAUUACAAUUGAUAGAACGUAUGAAUGCUUUUCUUGAAUUGGAAGAAAAUUUGUCGAACGCUGUGAUUUCAAUCUUUAUCGCGUUUGCCUGCAAAAAUCGAAAUACGUGUAUUUAUUGACGUAUUAAACAAUAAUUACUAUAUUGGAUACACAAAUAUAGCUCCAAAAUAAAAUCUGUAAAUUUCAUAAAAAAAAAGUGAGUUUGUUUGUUUAUUUAAAAGAAAGUAACUAAAUUGUUCGAUUCUUAAAAUUUGUUUAAUCCAAGUUUUAUUAUUACAGUAAAUAAUCUUAAUCAAACUUGGAGAACAAGUACUUUUCAGUGCAUAAUAAAUAAAAGACUAAGUAAAUGAGAA